CACGUGACGGGAAGAAGCCCGCGGAAGGCGGAAGAAGUAGUAGGUCUGCGCGGAGCCCGCCGUCAGCCGAACCCGGCCGAAGGCUCGUGGAGUCUGAGACUCAGAGCCGCCGAGAUGAAGGUGAAAAUGCUGAGCCGGAACCCCGACAACUAUGUCCGCGAAACCAAGCUGGACAUACAAAGAGUUCCAAGAAACUAUGAUCCUACCUUACAUCCUUUUGAAGUCCCACGAGAAUAUGUAAGAGCUUUAAAUGCUACCAAAUUGGAACGAGUGUUUGCAAAACCAUUCCUCGCUUCCCUGGAUGGUCACCGUGAUGGAGUCAAUUGCCUGGCAAAGCAUCCAAAGAGCCUGACUACCGUCCUUUCUGGGGCAUGUGAUGGAGAGGUUAAAAUUUGGAACCUGACUAAACGAAAAUGUGUCCGAACAAUACAAGCCCAUGAAGGUUUUGUAAGAGGGAUAUGCACUCGCUUUUGCGGGACUUCCUUUUUUACUGUUGGUGAUGACAAAACUGUGAAGCAGUGGAAAAUGGAUGGACCAGCCUACGGAGAAGAAGAGGAGCCAUUGCAUACAAUAUUAGGGAAGACAGUGUACACUGGCAUUGAUCAUCACUGGAAAGACCCUGCCUUUGCCACAUGUGGACAGCAAGUAGACAUUUGGGAUGAACAGAGAACCAACCCUAUAUGCUCAAUGAACUGGGGAUUUGACAGUAUAAGCAGUGUUAAAUUUAACCCUAUUGAGACAUUUCUCUUGGGAAGUUGUGCUUCUGAUAGAAAUAUAGUACUGUAUGAUAUGCGUCAAGCUACUCCUCUGAAAAAGGUUAUCUUGGAUAUGAGAACAAAUACAAUCUGUUGGAACCCUAUGGAAGCUUUCAAUUUUACUGCAGCAAAUGAAGAUUAUAACUUAUACACUUUUGAUAUGCGUGCGCUGGACACUCCUGUUAUGGUCCACAUGGAUCACGUCUCUGCGGUACUAGAUGUGGACUACUCACCCACUGGGAAAGAAUUUGUGUCUGCCAGUUUUGAUAAAUCUAUUAGAAUCUUUCCUGUGGACAAAAGCCGAAGCAGGGAAGUGUACCACACAAAACGAAUGCAGCACGUCAUAUGUGUCAAGUGGACCUCCGACAGCAAGUACAUCAUGUGUGGAUCAGAUGAAAUGAACAUCCGCCUGUGGAAGGCCAACGCUUCGGAAAAGCUGGGUGUGCUUUCAUCACGAGAAAAAGCAGCGAAUGAUUAUAACCAGAAGUUAAAGGAAAAGUUCCAGUAUCAUCCGCAAGUAAAACGAAUUGCUCGCCAUCGCCAUCUCCCGAAACCCAUCUACAGCCAGAUUCAGGAGCAGCGCGUCAUGAAGGAGGCUCGUCGCCGCAAGGAAAUGAAUCGUCGUAAACAUAGCAAGCCUGGAUCUGUGCCAGUUGUGUCAGAGAGGAAGAAACACGUAGUGGCAGUUGUGAAAUAAUGUUUUGUCUUCCUACCGAGCUUGAUCUAUAAUUAUUUGCUACUUCUGAUUUGGAAACUCUGUAAAUAAAAGUCCUGGCUCUGGUUUAGUAGUAAA